AUGACAUUUUACAAAAAAUAUACAGACAGUGAUAGUAUAUUAAACAAACGGAAUAAAAGGCGAUUAAAAUUUGCCACUGAUUUUGAUAAGUCUAUAGUUAUAAAUAGUUUUAAAAUACGCGAUUGGAAGCAGGUUUUACCGAGCGAAGAGUGGAAUAUUUACUGGUCGAAUACUCUCAACUGCCGUACCCUUUUCAAUCAUGAAAAUGGAUACAGAUUUCAAGACAGACAGUUAAUAAACCAUUUCCCGAAUCACUACGAGUUAGUACGAAAAGAUUUGUUAGUGAAAAAUAUACAUCGCUAUCAAAAGAACCUCGAAAAAGCGGGUCACCCACUUGCGGAGAAAAUUCAAGAAACGCUUCCAAGUGCCCAUAAAGUUACGCGAUAUUUAUAUUUAGAUUUCAUUCCUACAACGUAUGUUCUUCCUUCAAACUAUAGACGUUUUGUUGAUGAAUACCAUCGAUUUCCUCAGUCGACAUGGAUAAUCAAACCGUGCGGCAAAUCACAGGGCGAAGGCAUUUUCUUGAUAAACAAAUUAUCCAAGCUUAAGAAAUGGUCUCGAGAAUCCAAGAAAUGUAUUCAAAAUAAUUUACCUAGCAGAGAUAUGUACAUUAUAUCGCGAUAUAUAGAUAAUCCGCUUUUGAUCGGCGGAAAGAAAUUCGAUUUGAGGAUUUACGUUCUAGUGACGUCGUUUCGUCCUUUAAAAGCUUAUAUGUUUCGGAACGGAUUUUGCAGAUUUUGUUCCAUAAAAUACAACUCAAGUGUCUCGGAACUUGACAAUAUGUACAUUCACAUAACAAAUGUUAGUGUACAGAAACACGGCGAAGAGUAUAACAGUCAACAUGGAGGCAAAUUGAGUCUGAAAAAUUUGAAACUCUUUUUAGAGGGCACGAGAGGUCAACAUGUAACAACACGUUUGUUUGAAGACAUCAAUUGGAUAUUAGUACACUCGCUCAAGGCGGUCGCUCCGAUUAUGUCGAAUGAUCGUCAUUGCUUUGAAUGCUACGGCUAUGAUAUUAUUAUCGACGACAAUUUGAAGCCCUGGCUCAUUGAAGUUAACGCUUCUCCUUCUAUGACUGCGACAACGACAAAUGAUGAAAUACUUAAAUGUAAUCUCUUUGAUAAUAUUUUAUCCGUCGUCUUACCUCCGAGCGGAAUUCCUGACGCGCGUUGGAACAAAACGCCUGACGCUAAUGCUUUAAGAGAUUUUGAAAUACUAAUCGAUGAAGAUUCCAUUCUGAAUGGAGAUUUGAAAGUUAAACGAAACACAUAA